CAUUUUUGGUGACCUGUUUGGAGGAAUCUUUGGCGGGGGAGGAGGACCUUUUGGAAUGGGGGGUAUGGGUGGUCGGCGAGGCAGGCGCCGGGGAGAGGAUACUCAUCAUCCACUCAGAGUGUCACUAGAGGAUCUGUACAAUGGAAAAACAGCCAAAUUACAGCUUAGUAAAACAAUCAUCUGUUCCAAGUGUAAAGGUGCUGGGGGUAAGCCUGGAGCCAUGCAGAAAUGUCGGACGUGUAACGGGCGGGGGGUCAAGGUCACCUUGAGACAGCUGGGUCCUGGAAUGGUACAACAGAUGCAGUCUGUCUGUCCAGAUUGUCACGGAGAAGGAGAAAUCAUAAAUGAAAAAGAUAGGUGUAAAGAAUGCAAGGGAAAGAAAGUGACCAAUGAAACCAAAAUUCUGGAGGUCCAUGUUGACAAGGGUAUGAAGGACGGGCAGAAAAUUACCUUCCGAGGGGAGGGAGAUCAACUGCCGGAGAUAGAACCAGGGGAUGUGAUCAUUAUCCUGCAACAGAAAGAACAUGAACUUUUCACACGCAAUGAUAAUGACUUGUAUUGUACAUAUAACCUCUCACUGACGGAGGCAUUGUGUGGUUUCCAAUUCACAUUAAAACAUCUGGAUGGAAGAGAUCUUGUGAUAAAAAGUCCCCCUGGAGUUGUUGUUAGUCCAGGAUCAGUACGAUGUGUAAUGGGAGAAGGAAUGCCCUUCUACAGAAAUCCCUUUGAGAAGGGGAACCUUAUUGUUAGGUUCGACAUCACAUUUCCACCUCAGAACUUUGCCUCUCCAGAAGAUUUACAGAAACUAGAAAAGUUACUGCCACCAAGACCAAAGAUAGAUAUUCCCGCUGGAGAGGAUGUAGAGGAAGUAAAUCUGGUGGAGUUUGAGGAAUCGCGAGGUCACGGUUCCCGACGGGAAGCUUACGAUGAUGACGACGAUGAUGACCAUCACGGACAUGGACCUCGAGUUCAAUGUGCACAUCAAUAACGAUGAGACAUUUUAGGAGAAUUUUUAAACUUUUCUGGGGGGAGUUUUAUCCUUUGUUGAACAAUUCCAUGUUGCUAUUGAAUAUCUUGACCAAUGUGUAACUAGAACUUAAACUUUAACCUACCCAUAUUGAAUUUUUUUGUUAAUCAGUAAAGGACGUUUCAUUUUGACCCAAAACAUAACAGGAUAUUACAGGAUGUUUGCAUUUUGUGUGAAAACUGAAGAGAAACCUAAGGGUCUUUAGAACUCAUUAUUGAGUUUUAUUUAGAGAUUUCUGUGAGACACAGCUGAGUUCCCCCUUCCUGCUGUGGCCUAUUUGUUGAGGCUUUCCAGUGUAAUUGUUGUGCUGAAUUUUGUCAUGUAUUAAGCUUUUAUUUUAUUGUCUUGUGACUAAUUUAAAAUUAUGACUUAAAACCCUGUCAUUUUUACAUGAAUUCAGUACCAGCACUCUCGUUGUCACCAAAAGCACUUAGCAAUUUUACCAACUAUUUCCAUUCAUCUUCAAGACUUGUAACAUGAGGUAUAUGUUUUUCACCAGUUCUCAUGGGAAUGCAGGUUUUCAAAUCUUAAGUACAGUGCAUUUUUAGUAGAUGCAUUUUUAUGUGUAAUUUAUACUGUUCCAUCUAAAGAAAUUUAAUGUUAAACAUGAUGAAUUCAUAUAAGUAAAUUGUAUUUUCAGAUUUCUUUUUUAAAACUGAUGUACAAUUUGAACAAACAUACAAGUACUUUCAUUUUUUAACUGAGUACUAGUACAUAUAUUAGCUAUGCCUGCCAACACAGAUGAUGGUGCAGACAGUAUGUUGUACCCUUUAGAGUUACAUUUCCUGAAUGUUCAAAGUCUUUUAAUUUAAUUAUUAAAUGACAUUUAUAUGUAUGUUAACAACAAGUAUCGAAAAAUUGUAGAUUGUAUUCUAAAUCACUUGUAGCUAUUUUGAUAAGGACAUUUUAAAAGCUUACAUUGGCCUUUUUCUACAUACCUGUAUGGAUGUUUGUUAUUGUUUGUCAUGUAUAAUUAUUAUCUUGCUGACCAUAUAAAUUCCUUACCAGAUCUAUAGAAAUGACUAUAACAUUUUUAGUACAAUUUGAUGAAUAUUUAGAUUUUUCCUUGAUUAUGGAAUGCUUAAUUUUCUCUAAACAUUUCAAGCAAUAAGUUCUAUAAAGAAUUAAUAGCAUGGGGAAAGUUUGAAAGAUUCCAUGGUUUAGGAUCCAUGAUGGGAUGAAAUUUGACGCAUAAUUGAAAAUACGUGCAUCUCCAUCUUUUUAAAUGGAAUGUUGCAUGGUUAUUAAUGGUACGUAACCCUUAAACAUAUUCAUAAAUUCCUGGUCCCAAUUGGAGAUCUGGAUACAGCAAACCUUUGAGAAAAAGUAAUUUAUCCAGGAAAAUUUAACUAGCAUACCUCUACAAAAUUUGUGAAGUGGGUGUCCCUUAAAGUUCAGGCUCCAGGUGGAUUAAAUUAAUCAUUUUAUUUUGAAAAAUCUUUUCUACUCAAAAUCAACAAGAAACAAGUUUCAGAUAACAUGCAUACUGAACAAAGAGAACUCGGAUUGUAGAAUUUGUCACUUGAGUGAACAUGGAUACUCAGGUGACCUUUAAAGCCCCUGGGCCUUUUGUCCGAAUGUCCAACUUACUUGGUCUAAACCUGUUAGGAGUUAUAUGUCAGCAAGAGGAACAUCAUGCCAUAUUCAGUAUUCAUAACAAACAAAGAACAUCAGGUAUUCUGUAACAUUUAACUCUGUCAUCAAUCUAUACAUUAUCUGACAAGGUCUAUACUUUUUCCGUAUGGGUCUUAUAUAGAACAAAAUAAAAUGAACUUGAAUGAGA